CGUAUAUAAUAUAUCAAUAUAUCGUGGACAAUAUAAACGUUCCCUUUUGUUCCUUCGUUUUCUCUUUCCACAACUCAUUCCAUUGCACCUUCAUUCAUUUCACAGCUUCAACCGCCCUUGACCACCGUUCUCUUCAUUCACAAUGACUCGCAUCUCCCUGGGUCUCGUCAGUCUCCUGGCACUGUCCUCGGCCGUGAGCAUGGUCUGCGCGCACGAGGGACACGAACACGACCAGACGAAGUUCAACAUGCCUGGCGACAGAAACUACAGCCCAAAGGACUCUGUCGAACUCCCCGAGUUCAAGCCCACAACGAUCAAGGCACCCUUCCUGGAGCAGUUCGCCCAGAACUGGUCCGGCCGCUGGACUCCAAGCGAGGCCACUAAGAAGACAACCUCUGAGGGCGAAGUCUUCAGCUACGUUGGCAAAUGGGCCGCCGAAGAGCCCACUGUCUACCCUGGCUUCAAGAACGACCUUGGUCUCGUUGCCAAGACUCCGGCCGCUUACCAUGCCAUUUCAGCUUCACUUCCCGAAGUUGUUGAUAACGAAGACAACACUCUCGUCGUCCAGUACGAAGUCAAGGCCCAGAAUGGACUGGAGUGUGGCGGUGCAUACAUGAAGCUCCUUACAGAUUCUCCUGAAGGCAUCAAGUUCAAGGAGUUCUCUAGUGAGACCCCCUAUACCAUCAUGUUUGGACCCGAUAAGUGCGGAAACACGAACAAAGUCCACUUCAUCUUCCGUCACAAGAACCCCAUCACCGGAAAGUACGAGGAGAAGCAUCUCCAGUCUGCGCCCUUGUCCAAGUUGAACCACUUCAGCAACCUUUACACCUUGAUCGUCAGACCUGAUCAGACCUUUGAGGUCAGAAUCAACAAUGACAUUGCAUCUUCAGGAUCACUCUUGGAGAACUUCCAGCCUCCCGUCAACCCACCCAAGGAAAUUGAUGAUCCCAACGACAAGAAGCCCGAUAACUGGGUCGAGGAGGCCAAGAUCCCUGAUCCUAAGGCAACCAAGCCUGACGACUGGGAUGAGGAUGCUCCUGCUCGCAUCCUGGAUGAAAAGGCCAAGAAGCCACGUAACUGGUUGGAGGAUGAGGUGCCCGAGAUUCCUGACCCUGAGGCAGUUAAGCCUGAGGACUGGGAUGACGAGGAGGAUGGCGACUGGAUCGCGCCAUCAAUCCCCAACCCCAAGUGCCAAGACAACGGAUGCGGCAAGUGGACUCGCCCCUACAUCUCCAACCCUGCUUACAAGGGCAAGUGGACCCCCCCUCUGAUCGACAAUCCCGACUAUAAGGGCCCAUGGGCACCUCGCAAGAUCCCUAACCCUGGCUUUUAUGAGGAUCUGCACCCCUCCAACUUUGACAAGAUUGGAGCUGUUGGAUUUGAGAUUUGGACGAUGCAGAAGGAUAUCCUGUUCGACAAUAUUUACAUCGGACACUCCAUUGCUGAUGCAGAAGCGUUGGCUGCCGAGACCUGGGAGAUCAAAUAUGCCACGGAGAAGAAGCAGGAGGAGAUCGCGAACCCCAAGCCCAAGAGCCAUGGCGGAAUUCCCGAGUUCAAAGAGGACCCCGUGGGCUUUGUUGUCGGCCAUCUUCGUGAUUUUAUCGAGCUUGUGCGCGAGGAUCCCAUGAACGCGAUCCAUAGCCGCCCUGUGGUUGCAGCAUCAAUUGCAGCGGUUGUCGGUGUUACAUUUGGAUUGGCCUUGAUUAUGGUCGGCUUGUUGACGGCGGCACCCAAGACCUCUGCCAAGGCAGCAGCCAAGGCUAAGAAGACGGAUGAGGCGACAGCCGACGACGAUGAAGGCUCGAAGAUUGUGAACGAGGAUGAUGCAGAGUUCAAGGAGGAGCCUAUCAUCCGCAAGCGCACGACCGUCAUUGAGGAUGAUGAGUAAAUUGAUUUUUACCUCUCAUCUUUUUUAUUACCUUUAUACUCUGUUUUCUAUCUUCAGUUUUUACUUCCCCUCCCCCCCCUCCCCCAUGGCAUAAUGCGCAGUUCUCUGUGCUAUCUUAUAUCCGAUUCAAAUAAACACAUCAGUUGGCCCCAAAAGCCCACUCCUUGAAUAAUAUGAAAG